UGGAAGUAGGCGUCGAAAGAUGAACUUAAUCAGAGUUUAGCGAUGUCGAUAUCCUGGAAAUGAAGACACAACUGGAGUCACAUAUUACAUUUAACUGAAUAUUUAGACUUUAAGGAUGAGACCUACAAUUGACUUUAGAGAAUGUCUCAAGGAUUCGCCGAAAUUCAGGACCUCACUGGAAGGUUCCGAAAACGACUUGGAGAUCCUAGAAGCACGUCUCGAAAGGAUGGUGAAGCUGUGCACCUUGAUGAUAGAGACUGGCAAGUCUUUUAAAAGAGCAAGCAGCGAUUUUGUGAUCGGUGUACGAGAUCUGGCGUCCUAUUUUAAAGAUGAUGAUCUGAUUGUGGAUGAUUCUAAAGUUUGUAAUUGUCUGAAUAAAUUUGCUCAUGAGAUGUCAGAAAUGCUGAAGUAUUUUACCAUACUGUUGGACCAAGCUAAUCGAUCUGUCUGUAAAAACCUGGCUAAUUUCAUAAAAAAUGAUAUAAGGAAGGUCAAGGACUCAAAGAAAGACUUUGAGAAGAUCAGUGAUGAGUUAGAUUCGGCGCUGGUACGUAAUGCUGGUGUCCAACGUAGUAAACCUCUAGAAUGUGAGGAGGCUGCCAACCAACUCAAGGCAAAACGAUCUGGAUUCGCUCUCGCAUCUCUAGAUUACGUAUUUCAGAUCAAUAUUCUUCAUUCUAAAAAGAGAUUUGAUAUAUUAGAAACUAUGUUAUCAUUUAUGCACGCUCAGAGUACGUUCUUCCAUCAAGGCCAUGAGUUGUUCAAGGAAUUUGAACCAGAAAUGAAAUGUGUGGCCACACAGGUCGAGGAGUUAAGUGCCAAAGCUAGUCAGGAGCGCAAGGAGAUGGAGCAGAGACAUAGCCUUGUGCAACAUAAGAAUGUGAAUCUGUCUCAGAAUGACUUGGACAAUGAAACCAGUGUUCAGCACAUGGAGGGCUACCUCUUCAAAAAAACUAGUAAAGGCUUCAAAAGCUGGGUCAGGCGAUGGUUCAUGAUCCAGAAUAACCAGUUCGUGUACCGUAAACGGUCCGGUGUGAAGGAGUGCUCUGUGAUGGAGGAAGAUCUACGUCUCUGCACCGUCAAACCGGUGUACGAAACAGAGCGACGCUUCUGCUUUGAUGUCUUGUCCCCAUCUAGGAGCCACAUGUUACAAGCAGAGACGGAUGAGGACUGUCAGAUGUGGAUCACAGAGAUACAGACGGGGAUCAGUAAUGCCUUCCGAUGUGCCUCAAACCAGCAGAACCAAGUUGAAGAGGAGAUAGAGACAAAUAGAACAUUACAAACAUCAACUGAGGAAAACAGUGUAGCAUCAACUCCUCCAGUAACUAAACAGAGCAAGGCUCAACAGAGGUUAGAACAGCUGCUGUCUAUCCCUGGAAAUGAUCACUGCUGUGACUGUGGCUCACCAGAGCCACGCUGGUCCAGUAUCAACCUCGGAAUCACCCUCUGUAUAGAGUGUUCUGGUAUCCACAGGAGUUUUGGAGUCCACUUAUCCAAGGUACGAUCCAUCACUCUGGACGCCUGGGAACAAGAACAGAUAAAGGUCAUGGUGGAACUCGGCAAUGAUAUUGUCAACCGUAUUUAUGAGGCCAGCGUAGACGAGUCCAUAGCAACUAAAGCAACAUUUGAUUGUAAAAGAUCUGUUAGAGAGAACUGGAUUCGAGCCAAGUAUGUGGAUAAGGCAUUUGUAAUGAAGCUACCAGGACCAAAGGUGGUUAGUCGUGCCCGGGGCUGGAGUGUCAAGAGGAAAACUAAACGGCCAUCACCAAGUCGCUCCCUGAACAAAGACGAGUCUCACUCGGACCUGGAGUCAGAUGUGACUAGUGGCCUGAUGGAAGGCCGGAAAUUACGCUCUAAACCACCUGUUUUGUCAGUGUCAAAUACAUCUAAGGACUGUGACAGUGGAUUGGGGGCCAGUGCCUCCGACGUCAUCGUGUUCGGGGACUCGGAGAUUGAAGUCCCUGAUCUCAGUACAAGUUUGGACCUGGAAAGUUCUGAGGGGUCAGAGGUCGAGGAUGACGGUGAUGAUUCAAAGUCUACGACUUCGUGGGAGGACAUGAGUAAACUGGACCCCAACAUGCUGCUGUAUAAGGCAGCCCAGGCCCGAAACCUGGCCGUGAUGCUGGAGGCCCUGGCCAACGGAGCCGACCCCAACUGGGUACACGAAGAGGAGGAAGGCAAAACACCUCUAAUGAAAGUCGUGGAAACUGGAUCUCUUUCUGCCUGUGAGUUUCUACUACUGAAUGGUGCUAAGUUAGCACGGAAGGACAAAAACGGGCGGACACCAUUACACCAUGCCACUAUGAACGGUAACACUGGACAAGUUUGCCAGUUUCUGAAGAGAGGGGCUGACCUCCACUCCAAGGACAAAGAUGGACAGGAUCCUUUAGCCAUAGCCGUGAGUACGGCCAACGCCGAUAUAGUUACACUAUUGAGAUUAGCGAAGUUGAAUGAGGAGAUGAAAGAGUCCGGAGGAGGAUUCAACAACCCAGGAGAUGAUACCUUUCAAGAUGUGUUCCGAGAUUUCAGCAACAUGGCGUCAAACAAUCCAGAGAAACUGAAGCGGACAAACACUGCGAGCAGUAGCUCUAACCCGACCUAGCUCUCACCAUGUCC